CGCCACAUACAUAAUUAAGCACAUAAGAUCGAUAGAGGGAGAUCAGAGAAAUAAUUAAAGAAGAAGAUUAUAUAUCUUAGAAUAGUAGGAGUACUAGCUAGCUAGCUAGUUGAAGAUGAUGAAAUUGAGAUCGAAGAAGCUGUUCAAGAGGAGCUCUAGCAAGCUCAGCGGAGGAGGCGGGGCGGCCGCGGUGGGCGUCGGCGGCCGCGGGGAGAUCGAGUGGGAGCUGCGGCCCGGGGGGAUGCUGGUGCAGAAGAGGGAGGGCCGAGGAGUGGCUGGAGAGCUCAUCACUGUGAGAGUCUCCACUACUGCAGGGUCUAGUGCUAAUUGCCAUGACUUAACCAUUGGAGCCACUUCCACCUUUGGUGAGAUGAAGGAGGCGCUGUCAAUGCUGACAGGGCUGGAGCCGAGGGAGCAGAGGCUUGUGUUCAAGGGAAAAGAGAGGGAGGAUGGAGAUCACCUCCACAUGGUGGGAGUGAGGGACGGGGACAAAGUGCUCCUCCUGCAGGACCCAGCAAUCAAGGAGAAGAAGCUGCUGCUCCUGCAGCAAGCAAUGGCCGGACUGGGAAGCACUAAUUGCCACACCAUUAUUCAGGUCUAAUUAAAUUAAGGUGGCUCUGCUCCUGCUGCUGCUGCUUCUGCCUUCUGGUUUUACUAACUACUACUACUACACGGGAGGGGGGUGUUUAAAAGAAAAGAAGAUAGAGAAGGUCAUCCAUGUUAUGUAACUUAAUGAGCAGUGUGAUGUGAUGCUAUAUAUAUAAAAGUUGCAUGUAAUUUAGCUGAUGCAGUGUGAGGUGUUUGUGCAGUUUUGAGUUGCAUUCCAUAUGUAAUUUUGUUAUUAUGGAAUGGAAUGGAAACUGGGAAUCCCCUAUUACUGUA